AUGUCUGCUGCUUCUCAAGAGUUGGAAGUCCCACAAUUUGUGAAACUAGAGACAAACGAUGGCGUUCUUCAUACAGUGGACAUUCGUCUGACACAACAGAUGGGCGUCAUUGCUGACAUGCCAAUAAUGGAAGGCGAUGAUGACGUAAUUCCUCUCCCGCGGGUCGAUGCCAAGACCCUGAUGUUUAUAAUCAAGUGGUGCUCUUCGGUGCAGGAUCUCAAAGAUAACAUAGAUAUAGAGGGAGAGGGUAUCCUGAAAAAACUUUUAUCAACGGAGAAGGGCACCGAGUAUAGUUUCCUACUGCAGAUCGUAAUGGCCUCAAAUUACCUGAACUUGGACAGUUUGCUACAGGCUGGAACCGAACUGAUAGCUGCUGCUAUCCAGUCCUGUAAUUCUACAGAGGAGAUUUGUAACCUUUUUACCGCAAAGAAAGAUUAG